AUGUUUGAGGUUCCGCAGGACGGUCCCCUCACACUGGACAUCAACACACCACACAGACUCCUCCAUCUGUCUGAAGGGAACAAGAAGGUGACACUUGAGGGGACGGUAACUAAAUAUCCUUAUCAUCCUGACAGAUUUGACUGCUAUUACCAAGUUCUAUGCAGAGAGGCUCUGACUGGGACUCGCUGUUACUGGGAGGUGGAGUGCAGUGGAGACUUCAUGAGGAUUGGAGUCGCAUAUAAAGGACUUAGAAGGAAAGGAUGGGGAGGGGAUUGCUGCCUUGGAUACAACGACAAGUCCUGGUGUUUGCGGUGGUCUCGUUCCCAGUACUCUGUGCGUCACAAUAAGAAGGAGACUGUAAUCAGCGCCCCCUACAGCCCCAGAAUAGGUGUGUAUCUAGACUGGCCUGCUGGCUCUCUGUCAUUUUAUAGCAUCUCACACACAAUGACCCUCCUCCACAGGUUCAACACCUCCUUCACUGAGCCCCUCUAUCCAGGGUUUGGGUUUGGUCUUCACUCCAGUGUGUUUAGUGCAGUAAAAGCCAAGCAGCCCUUCAGAGAUCCCCGUGAAGAGCAGAGACUCCGUCCAUUGCGGUGCUCGGCGCCGACGCUGCAGUAUAUCUGCGCUCAAAAUGACAGACCUGCACGUUGA